AUGAAAGGAUCAGUGGGCGUGUCGGAGGAUGGACAUCGCAGUGUUCAAUGUCAGAGCGUAAAAAUACGAGAACAAAGGAUUAACUAUCGAUCCUAUCUACUUUCUUAUUACCUCCAUGCUAAUACUAUGACAGAAACUUCUAAAGAACAAUUGUAUAUGAUCAGUCAUAACACAUCUAACUAUCAGUGCAAACCAGUAACUCGAUUUAUUUUCAUAAAGACGAUGAAAACAGGAGGUAGUACGACAGCAAAUAUAUUUAUCAGAUACGGGAUGAAACAUCAUCUAUAUACUGCAGCAUACAAUAUUAGAAAUUUCAGUUGUACAAACCUUACAGGGUUUGACUAUAUGGCAAUGCACUUACGCUACAAUAGAACCUGGAUGGAUAGUAUAAUACGAGAUGCUAAGUAUAUAACUAUUCUCAGAUCACCAUAUACUCAACUUCCAUCAGCAUUCUACUAUUUCAAAUUCGCUAAGCCAUUACUCAAAUAUCCUGAUCCAUUUCGCCAAUACAUUGAAAACCUUGAUAAUUACACUAAUUUCACGGAUGAACAUCAUCAGCAUCGAAAUGGUCAGAUGUGGUAUUUAAAUUCUUUGUUUGAAGAAAGUGGACAAGAUAAUGUUACGAGUAUACAGAUCGCAAUCAAACGAAUAGACAGAGAAAUUGAUUUUGUCAUAAUUCUGGAGCAUUUUGAUGAAUCUUUAGUAGUUUUGAAAAAGUAUAUGUGUUGGAAUGACAAUGAUGUGAUAUAUCACAUCACAAAGAGAAGUAGAAAAAGAAACACACUUACUCAAGUUAUGAAAGCAAAUAUCCGGAAAUGGAAUCGAGCAGACAUGCUUUUAUACGAACAUUAUAAUCGUUCAUUGUGGGAGAGAAUUAAAAAUUAUGACGGUGACUUUAAUGAAGAUUUGAGAAAGUUUAGACGAGUAGCCAAACUCGCUUCACUUGAAUGUUCACUUGACAAUGCUUACGUUAUUGGUAGUUUUUGCUGGAAGAUGUUAAAUGAUACCCCCAAAUUAC